AUGAAUACUUACAGCUCUGUUAAGUAUGAUAGUUUAAUAUAGUUAGAUCCUUCGACUCAUAGAUUCAGGGAAGAAGAAUGUAAGAGCCGAACAUAGCCGUAAUACAUUAAAGACAUUAAUAAAGUCCAAAAUAUCACUCUCCUGAAUCACACUUAGACAAUUUCGUUAAUUUGAAAGCUGUCGAACAAUAACCUAAAACAUUAAAGAAGAAAAAGCUUACAUAAGGAUAAUAAGGCAAACCAAAAGCAUAGACUCAAUAGAUCAAAAAACCUGCAUAGUAAUCAAUGUCUGUGAAAAAAUAAACAAAGAGAGUUACUUCUCCAAAAAAAAAGAAAGCUUAAACAGUUGAUACAAAGAAGUAAACAAAAGUUAUUAAACCUUCUUUAUAAUAAAGAAGAGAAGAAUUAGGUUUAGGUUUACUUAAUGAAAAGUAAAUUAAACAACGAAUUAGUAUUAUUCAAAUUUAAUUAGAAAAAAUCAAAUCAAAGACAAAAAUAGUUGAACCAUAAUUGAAGAAGAAAAUUUACCAACCAAAUCAUGAGAUUUAACAUUACAUGGUACAAAAGAAAGCGAUUGACAAUACAAAUUGCAUGCAAAAAUAAUUGAUAUUUCUAUUGGAAAAAUAAAGAAAGUAAGGCAAUCCAAUUAAAAAGAUUGGAGAAUCUGGCCAAGUUGAAUGAGUCUGUUAAAGAGAUAUUCAAAAAGUGUAAAACCUUAGAGAACUCACAACCAUAAACACCAAAAGUGACAAUGAAGAAAAAGAAAUAUGACAUACCAAUUGAUAUAGAAUAAAGAAAAUAAUAGCCAUUGUUUAAUUAAAAAAGUAAAGAAGAUAAAUUUAAUCAAGAAUAAUAAAAAAAAUUAAAAAAUGAAGAAUAAAAUAAAUUAAAAAAACAAUAUGAAGAUUUAAAUAAUAGAUAUUAAUAACUUAAAAACCAUGAACAAAAUAUAGAUGUUAAUGAUUAAUUUAUACAAGAAAUCGAUGAUGAAGAUUAAGAAGAUUAGUAUUCAUAAAUUAGUGAAAAUUAAUUCACAGAAAUGAUUGUUAGUACUUUAUCUAAAAUUCCACCGACUAAAUUUUUGCUUUAAAAAAUAUAAGAGAUUCUUUAAUAAUAAAAUGAUUUAGACCCAAAUGAAUUAACUAAUCAAGAUUAAUUAGUCUUGUAAUAUCAUUUUAUGAAUGAGGCUGCAACUAAAUUGUAAAGUGUUUGGAGAGGUUAUUCAAUUAGAAUGUAAUUACUACAUGAAUUGUAAGAAAUGUUAGAAUAAUAACAUGAUAAUUAGGAUUAAGAAGAAGAUUAAGAUUAAGAAUCUGAUGAAGAAGUACAAUUAAAAUAUGAGUCACCUUCUUUACCAUUUAAAUAAGAAUAAUAAAAUAAUUAAGAACUAAAUUAAUAAUAAAAAAUUUCAUAAUAAAAAUUUUAUUUAUCAGCUCCAGAUGGAAUGCAAUAAAAUUAAAAUUUAACUAAAUAACGAUAUUAGCCUUAAUAAUAAUAAUAAUAAUAGUAAUAAUAAUAGUAAUAAUAAUAAUAAUAAUAAUAGUAAUAAUAAUAGUAAUAAUAAUAAUAAUAAUAGUAAUAAUAAUAGUAAUAAUAAUAAUAAUAGAAAUUGUAAUAAUAAUUAUACUAAUAAUAGCAAUUAGAAGAAUAAUAAUAAUUUUAAUAAAAUUAAUAAUCAUAAUAAUAAUUAAAAGAUCUACCAUUUUAAAAUAAAAAUAGAUAUGAAAAAAACUUAUCAGAUUAAACAGAUGAUUUAGUUAUUGUUUAAUAACCUAAUAGCCCUGCAAAUUAAGAUAUGUAUUUCUAUAAUCCUUUCGGAUAAAAUGUAUAAUAAUCUUUAGAAAAACAAGUUCAUUACUCGAAUAUCAAAAGUUCAGUAGUAAGUGAGGAAGAUCAAAAAAGCGCAUUGUCUCAUUCUGUAAUUUAGUAAAUAUAAUAAGAAUUAGAAUUAUGGAAUAGUCAGAUUGAAAAUAUUAUAAAAUAAGGUCCAGAAAAAUAAGCAUUUGCAAAUGUAAAAUAAUAAAUGUCACAAACAAUUUUGAAUAUAGUAUCAUAACAUAUUAAGAAGCAAAAAGAAACAAAGACUCAUGAAAGAAGGGAUUCUGAAUAAUCAGUUGAAAUGAGAAUCAGAAGUUAACUUGAAGCUAAUAAUGAAAAAACAUUUAAUGAUGCUCGUAAAAGAUUACAAAAGACUCAUGAAUAAAGUGAAGAACGAUUAUAAUUAUCAUCUAAAGAGAAUGAUGUGAAUAGAUCUUCAUUAAUGUCUUUAUAAUCAUAAUUAAUGAGGAAGGAAACUGAAUUACUAAAUAUGAGAGAAGAAGCUAUUAAUUUAAGAUAUAAAGCAGAAUUGAAAAAAAUAUAAGAUGAUCCAAUAAAGAAAUUAGAGCUUGAGAGUUGGUUAGAAAAAGAGAAAGAAGAUUUAAAAAAUACAAAAUAGGCUAUAGAGAUAAGUAGAAAAAGAGAGGCUAAAGCAAUAUAGAAAAUACAAAGAGAUUUAUAAAUAGUUUAAACCUUUGAUGAAAACAAUCCUAAGUUAUAGAGUUUAAAAAAAUAAGUUGAUGAAUAGCUUUGUUAAAGUAGUACGAUAAAAUCUUAAAAAUAAAUUGGAUCAGAUAUCAAGAUUAUUAAUCAUUUUGAUGUAGAAUAAAAUGAUGACUUAGAUGAAAUGCCAGAAACAUUUUCAGAAGAUUUGUAAAAUGAUAAUAUAGAUUCAAGAAACUUUAUGAGAUAAAAUAUUAUAGAAUCUGAUAAAUAAAUAGAAACUUAUUAGACUUUAAGUGCAAUAACAAAUGAUAUAUUGGAUGAAAUAGUACAAAAUUUAACAGAAGGUAUUAAAAUUGAAUAAUUUAGAAUUACUUCUUAAUAAAGAUCAUUUUGAAUUUAUAAUAUCAAAUUUGAUUAGUUAGUCUGUAAUUCCUCAAUUACCUACUUCGAUUAAAGAUAUAAAAGAAUAUAUUAAAUAAUUAUUUUAAUAUAUAUUAGAACAUCAUAAAGAGGAAUUGAUUCAAAAUUUAAAUAUUCCAUAUGGAUUUACCCCAUUUAAAAGAAUGUAAUUAAUACAUGGAUAUGAUAAUGAUGGUGAAGAAUUAGAAGAUGAAUUUCAUUAAAAUGAAGAAGAUGUCUAAAUAGCAUUUCCAUUAGAUGAAAAAUUAUUUUAAGAAUUUGAAUCUUAUAGAUUAUAAUUAGAAAAUGAACCUAAUGAUAAUGCUUAAUUUGGAAUGAAAGAAUUAGAACAUAUACAUAAUAAAGCUGUAUUUGAUGCAUGUAAUGAGGCUUUGAAUUAUGAAAGACCUAAUUUUUUAAGUAUAAAAUUAUUAUAUAAAAAUAGAUUCUGGUUUACCAUAUCCAUGGUAAAAUAAAUCAAAUUGCAUAAUAAUUACAAAUGAAGAUUUAGAAAAUAUUUUAAAAAAUAUGGAAAAUAAAAUUAUUAAUUGGUCUGGUACCCUUGGAGGUUUCUUACCAAUAGAAGAUGAUUCUCAAAUUCCUGAAGAAAAAUAAGAAAUUUUAGAUGAAAAAAAUUAAUAAAUGAUGAUCCAAUAAUUGCAUUAAUUAGAAAAUCCUUUAUUAUUUGAUUCAUAAUUAUCAUAAUAAAUGUUUGAUAAUAUAGCUUAGAUAAGAGAUGAAAGAUUAUAUAAAAUGCUAAUAUCAGAUGUUAAUAUUUUAUUUUAUUUUAGAUUAAAGAAAGUGAAUUUAGAUGGUAUUUAUUUGAAGAUGACAGAACUGAAUUUUUAAUGGAACUUGGAGAUAUAAUAUUUGAAUAAUUAGUAGAAGAAAUGGCAUCAGAAUAACUCUAGUUAUGA